CAGGGGUGUGAAUGUGAGUCACAAAUACACAAACUCUCAAAAAGUUCAAACUCCACUUCGCCUGCAAACCAAUAACCUCAUAAAUCCAUUCCACUGUCCAUCGCCAGUUUAACAGCUACAGUUUCUACUAUUUUAAUCAGCUCAGCAACUCCCUCUCCGCUACCCUUUUUAAUAAAUUUAAAUAAUUUGUCGCCAAACCCAAUCUAAUUGUACGAUACAUACAGAAUUAGUAAUUAAGCAGGAGAGAGAGAGUAAAGAUGCAGCAACCGGGACCAAUGUUUCCUGUCAUGCCGUCGUUUCCACCUACAAAUAUCACCACCGAGCAGAUUCAGAAGUACCUAGAUGAGAACAAGAAACUGAUAUUGGCUAUUCUGGAUAAUCAAAAUCUAGGCAAACUUGCUGAAUGUGCCCAGUACCAGGCUCAACUUCAAAAGAACCUGAUGUAUUUGGCUGCUAUAGCUGAUGCCCAACCUCAAACGCCAGCAAUGCCUACCCAGAUGACUCCUCAUCCCGCAAUGCAACAAGGAGGGUUUUACAUGCAGCAUCCUCAGGCUGCAGCCAUGGCUCAGCAGCAAGGCACGUUCCAGCCACGACCACCCUUUAAUAGCCCACACCUAUUACAAGAUCCUCAGCAACACCCAAAUAUCCAACACAGCCACCUGCAAGCCGGCCAAGGGCAACUGGCCAUGAGGUCCGUCGGUCCCAACAAUGGCAUGAACCAACACAACGACGCCAAUCUCGGAGGGGCCAGCAGCAGUAUUCCCGCAUCAAAUUCGAACCUUACUGACAUCCGUGGGGUAAGUAGGCAAGAUAAACCUGAUAGUCGGAUUGCAGGCAGUUCUGAUGGGCAGGGAAACUCUACUGCAGUUCGUGGUGGUGGAGAUGCAGAGGAAGGCAAGUAAAGGGUGGCAUAGAACAAUGUAGCAUUUCUCUAUCCGGUUGUUGAUAAUAGGCUUCGUGUUGUAGAACUAGCAAAGUUUGUUCGACUAGGAAUAGUGUUUCUUUGUGCUCCUCCGCGAGGCUGGGGUCUGUUGUAGUGACAAAGGCAGGAACGAAUGAAUGAACAGCUUUUCCAUUCUA